GCAGUGAGAUUGAGCAACGGACCCCCUCACAGCAAAAACAACAACAAUCACUACAGUAGCUGAGAGAUGGCCCCGUGAAGCCCAGCGCUUUCUGGCCCGUAUCAGUCCACUAAUCCCGGUCUCAUUGCUGCUAUUUCCACCGGAACUUUAUAUGUCGACGGGGCCGAGCUCAUGAACUUGGCCAGUCAAAGCGGGGAUGCCGGCGGGAGCCAGCUCCUCUUCGCCAACUUUAACCAGGACAACACGUCCUUAGCUGUUGGCACUAAAUCAGGAUACAAGUUUUUCUCCCUGUCCUCUGUGGACAAACUGGAGCAGAUAUAUGAAUGUACCGACACGGAGGAUGUGUGCAUCGUGGAGCGUCUGUUCUCCAGCAGCCUGGUGGCCAUCGUGAGCCUGAAGGCCCCCAGGAAACUCAAAGUCUGUCAUUUCAAGAAGGGAACCGAGAUCUGCAACUACUCCUACUCAAACACCAUCCUGGCUGUGAAGCUGAACAGACAGAGGCUGAUAGUUUGUCUGGAGGAGUCGCUUUACAUUCACAACAUACGAGACAUGAAAGUGUUGCACACGAUCAGAGAAACUCCACCCAACCCGUCAGGACUGUGUGCUCUGUCCAUCAGUAAUGAUAACUGUUACCUGGCGUAUCCGGGCAGCGCCACGAUAGGAGAGGUCCAGGUGUUCGACACCGUCAACCUGAGAGCAGCAAACAUGAUUCCAGCCCACGACAGCCCGUUAGCGGCGUUAGCUUUCGAUGCUAGUGGAACCAAACUGGCCACAGCCUCAGAGAAGGGGACAGUGAUCCGUGUCUUCUCCAUCCCAGAGGGACAGAAGCUGUUUGAGUUUCGACGAGGAGUGAAGAGGUGUGUGAGUAUCUGCUCGCUGGCGUUCAGCAUGGAAGGACUUUACCUGUCGGCCUCCAGCAACACGGAGACGGUCCACAUCUUUAAGUUAGAGACUCAGAAGGAGAAGUAUGUGCCGGCGGAGGAGCCCACCACAUGGGGAGGAUACCUGGGGAAGGUCCUGAUGGCGUCCACCACCUACCUGCCCUCCCAGGUCACGGAGAUGUUCACCCAGGGUCGAGCCUUCGCCACCGUUCGCCUUCCUUUCUGUGGACACAAGAACAUCUGCGCCUUAGCUGUGAUUCAGAAGAUUCCCAGGUUGCUGGUUGCGGCGGCCGAUGGUUACCUGUACCUGUAUAACCUGGAUCCACAGGAGGGGGGGGAGUGCACACUCAUGAAGCAGCACAGGUUAGACGGCAGCGCUGAACCCUCCAACGAGAUCCUGGAGCAGGGGUCACAUGAUCGCCCCCUUGUGGCACAAACCUACAGUGCUGCUGUCACUAAAGGUUACUGUGAAGAGCAGGGCGCGGUCGGAGGGGCGGGGCUCGAGGACGACCUCAGCGACCUGCGCCUGGAGGAGGAGAACGAGCAGCCGCCGCUCAUCCUGGAGACCGACUGACCGACCAAUCAGAGAGCUCCUCUGGUGCUGCUACAACCAUGUGACACGAGGGGAGGGAGGGGCGGCGACGGGGCGGGAUCCAAGACGUGCGUGGUCGCCCGCGGCGAUCGAGAGCCUCUCUCCGUCAGUUUGUCUGUUCACAUACAUUUCUCUUUAUCUCCCCCCCCCACACACACACCCCCUGCUUCACCCUCCCUCCCUCCCUCCUCUCGCUUUCAGUCGAACUGAAGCUUUGCAUGUACAUGUGCCAACCGCCAAAAACAAAACCCAACAACAAACUAAACACAUGCUCCGAAAGACGAGAGCAUCUGUGAGUGUGAUUUCAAAAAAAAGAAAAAAUAUUAAUAAUAAUAAUAAUAAUAAAACAUGUAGCUGUGUCUCUUUUUUUUUGUAAGACACACACACAAGAGACGCGAAGCACUGUGUAAAAAUGAAAGUAAUUGUGUAAGUGCCUCAUGGUGUCUUCUUCUGUUUGAGAGGGCGACUUCUUUCGGCUCAAUAAAAACCUGUUUUCAGUUGUCGGAUCUUAACGGAGGUGUGUGUGCUGUCUCUUUUUGGCCGACAUCUUUAAAAACGAUCUGGAAGCUUUUUUGGCUCGAGCGGGAUUUUGUGUGUGUGUGUGUGUGCGUGUGUGUGCGCAUGUGUGUGUGUGUGUGUGUGUGUCAUGUACAUUAGCAAAACAUCUGGUAAUAAUCUCGGUUUAUCUCGCCCAGACAGAGGCUCGGUGGACCUUUCCCGCCCUCCUCCUCCUUCUCCUCCUCUUCCUCCUCCUCCUCCUCCUCCUCCUCCUCAGGCCUGCGGUCGUUGGUUGAUUUUAAAAUCAGAUUUCUUUUUUUUUUUUUUUUUCUAAAUCUAUAACCAAUAAGUGAGAACAUGCAUGGUGUUGUUGACGUGGUACUGUGUCCAUACAUCUGUACAUUUCUAAACCACUGCACCAUCAGGGGUUACGACUUUAAAGACACUUCCUGUCUUGGGGUGUUAGUUCGGAGCGAGCCGGGGGAUCGUCCGUCGACCGGCCCGGGACGCUGCAGGUGGACGAUGAUUCCCCCCCAUCCCCUCUUCAUCCCCCUCCUCUCCCCUCCCCACCUCAGCUCUUUAAUCCUUUCGGUGCCUGAAGCCACCAAACGAAGGAUUAGCCACGGGGGUUUUGGGAGCGUCAGGCAUUUUCUAAUGAUUUUGUACAAAAUGUGAAGCAUUCGUCUGAAACUAAAAUGAAAAAAAAAUAAAAAGUUCCAUGUUGAUGUAUGA